GUGGGCUUCCACCCCAAGGGCACAGUGGCAGCCGCCCACCUAUUUAGCCCUGAAGAUCCCCGGGGGGAACAGGGCGGGGCCCAUGGAGGUUCUGGAUGAAUACGACGCUCCGGUGCCGCUCCGGGCCACGUUCUGCCAGCUGAUCUCCACCGAAACCUUCGAGCGGCAGGCGACGACCCACACGAAGCGGGCCCUGCGCCGCCUUUUCCGUAGCCUGGACCGCGACCCCGCGCUGGCCGAGCGGGUCGUGCGGUGGCACAAGCAGCGGGAGCGGGAGGGCCGCGGCUGGGCCUCCUUCGUCAAGGCCAGGCUGUGCCAGGCCCUGCAGGGGGAUUUCAACUACAGCAACCGCAUGGACGCGGCCGAGGAGCGCUGGAGGCUGGACCAGCUGAAGCGGGAGAUGCAGAGAGUCUACAUCUACACCCGAGAGCCGGGGCACAGUCGGAAGAGACGGAGGCAUCAGGGAGCUGUGCCGGCCGCGGACCCCACGCUGUCUCCGGCACCACCCGGGCCCUCCAGCGUGCCAGCCCCGGUCUUCAUGCCAAAGGUGUUCGGCCCCUUCCCGCCGCCAACCCACCAGCAGGGCGAGAACGCAUCCCUUCCAGAGCUGAAACUGACCUGCACCAACUCCUCAGCUCACCCCCAGAGCCCUGGCCUCCGCCGACCCCCUGAUUCCUCCCACGUCCCACAGCGGCCUACUGAACCUGACCCCGCUGGUUCUCUACCCUGGAGGCUUCCGCUCCUCCCGUCUGCCCGGCGGCCCCAACAAGGCCCGCGGGCCCUGCACCUAUCCGCGAUGUCCCAGCCCCGGCCCCAGCGCUGGCUCCCGCCCGAAGGAUGACGCAGACAGCGACUGAACAGGCCCGGACCUCCGCAUCCCCGGACCCCGACACCCUGGGAGCCCGGACCCUCGACGCUAAGGAUCAGAGAUCAUUAAAUCUUCAGACGCUG